CGGGCUGCUCUCCCGCGGCGUCGUCAACGAGAUCGUCCAGGCCGACGGCAGCCGCGCCUCGGGCAGGCUCGGCGGCAAGCUCCGCCAGCGGUGCUGCUUCCUCGAGGGCGCCGAGGACUGGGACUGCCUCGCCGAGCUGGUGGACACGCUGCAGGGGGCGGUCGUCGACGACCGCGAGAUCCUGACCAAGUGCAACCCCAAGUUCGUGGACCUCAAGAAGCUGCCCGAGAUCCUCGACGAGUACGCCGACUCGACCCGCCGCAGCGCCGACCACCUCAAGGCGCGCGACGUGCGCGCGAUGCUCGACGGGCACUACUCGGCGGAGCGCUGCGUCGAGCUGAAGAAGUACGACGAGUUCCCCGUUGACGGUGCGGCGAUGCCGAGGAAGGGCGCCUACCUGCGCGGCACCACCAAAGGCGGGAUGCACGUCUUCAACAUCGCGGCAGUCACGUGCGCCAUCGGGCAGCAGCUGCUGGUCGAGGAGGGGCGCCUCGCCGCCGGCCACUGAGGAGGCGGCGGCCUAGCGAGGGCGAACGCGGCUCCGGUCGCCAGAGCCGCAUGCCCCACCCAUGCGCGGGCGUUCGCCGCCCAGCGGCCGCCAGCUCGCCGCGCGUCACUGGGCGCAGGGUUGUCCCCUGCAGCUGACACAUGGACCGUACAAUGUGCGCAUCCCCCCCCGGAAUAGAUAGAGAGCGAAUGCCUCGCGGGCCUUAGUCGCUGUCGCACGCGCCGCGCACGGCUAUCGUACCCUCGCCCGCCUCGGCGAGAGUUCGCCCGCCCCCAGAGCGCCACGUGCCUGGGGUGUGUGGCACUAGCACAGCUGACUGAGCAGUCAGCUUCAGCACAUCCUUCUGCAGUGAUACAGUGUUUCAUCAUCAUCUCGGCCUCACAUGGUCUCGUUCAUAGAGACAUCGAUUUGCUCUGUCGUAAAAA